AUGUUUGCUCGACUCUCCAAGGUCAUGCCCAUAAGGGCCUCUACCUUCCCUUCCGUGAAUGCUUCCAUCCAGUCUCGCUUCAUGGCCACGGUGCGUCAAGGACGACCCGCCCAUGAGCGUGCUACUUUCACGAUCCGAGAUGGUCCUAUCUUCCAUGGCAAGUCAUUUGGCGCUCGCACCAACAUCUCCGGAGAGGCCGUCUUCACCACGUCUCUGGUCGGAUACCCCGAGUCUCUGACGGACCCGUCCUACCGUGGUCAGAUUCUGGUCUUUACCCAGCCCUUGAUUGGGAACUACGGCGUCCCCUCAGCUGAAAAAGACACCAAUGGCCUUCUCAAGUACUUUGAGUCCCCCAACCUCCAGGCUGCAGGUGUUGUUGUGGCCGAUGUCGCCGAGCAGUAUAGCCACUGGACCGCCGUUCAGAGCCUUGGCGAAUGGUGUACUCGUGAAGGUGUUCCUGCCAUUUCGGGUGUUGACACUCGUGCCAUUGUAACUUACCUCCGUGAGCAGGGUUCCUCCUUGGCCCGCAUCACGGUGGGCGAGGAGUAUGAUGCUGACCAAGAUGAGGCAUUUGUGGAUCCGGAGCAGAUCCAUCUCGUCCGUCAGGUUAGCACAAAGGCUCCUUUCCACGUGAGUGCUGCGGACCCUCAAUGCCAUGUUGCAGUCAUCGACUGCGGGGUUAAGGAGAACAUCCUGCGAAGUCUGGUCAACCGCGGAGCCAGCAUUACUGUGUUCCCCUUCGACUACCCCAUCCACAAGGUUGCUCACCACUUUGACGGGGUCUUUAUCUCCAACGGUCCUGGCGAUCCAACUCAUUGCCAGGCGACUACUUAUCACCUGCGCCGUCUGAUGGAGACCUCUCAAGUACCGAUUUUCGGUAUCUGCUUAGGCCACCAGCUUUUGGCACUUGCCGCUGGUGCUCGUACCAUCAAGCUCAAGUACGGAAACCGUGCCCACAACAUCCCGGCUUUGGACCUAAGCACUGGUCGCUGCCACAUCACGAGCCAGAACCAUGGCUAUGCCGUUGAUACCACGACUCUCCCAUCGGACUGGAAGCCUUACUUCGUAAACCUGAACGACUCGAGCAAUGAGGGUAUGAUCCACAAGUCUCGUCCCAUCUUCAGUACUCAGUUCCACCCUGAGGCCAAGGGAGGCCCUCUGGAUUCUUCGUAUCUCUUCGACAUUUACUUGGAUAGUGUCCGCAAGUACAAGAACAACCAGCUGGCAUUCUACCCGAAUAGGGAAACCACCCCUAGCCCUCUUCUAGUUGAUUUGCUGGCCAAGGAGCGUGUCGGAGUGCAGCCUACGAUUGGUAUACAGAACGUUCAGGCUGCCGCUGCCGCUGCCGCUGCCGCGUAA